CGAGAGUCCAACGAGAGAGAUCAUGACAUGAGUGAUUGUAUUGACAGCCCAAUAAAAAGAUGCGGCUUGUUCUUGGAGUUCGCAUAUGUUCAUCACGGCCUUCUGCCUAAGUGAGGUUUUUAAUUCACCUCGAUACCGAUACCGAACAAACCGAUGGUGGAUCGUGGCUCUCUAUUUAGUACCUCUUUAGAUACUUGUGGUUGUGAAUUCAUCGUAGUCCUAAAGCCGUUCUGAUUAUGUUUCUACACGAUAGAUCGAUGACAUCGUCAUAUUUAUAGAAUUCGAAUUUCUUUCGUCUGUGAUUUCGAUCCCUGAGUGAGUUGAAAGCUCCACAAUUAUGCAACUAGCUACACGUACUUCAAAUCCAUUUUCAGGAUUACCCCACUUUCUGACCCGACCUCCACCUUGAAUGCCCUUGCUUUAUCCGAUGUACGCAAACAAAUAUAGUCGAUGUUCCAUUUAUUUAGAUGACUAUCCUUCUUGUCCUUCUUUCUAGAUAACAAAGGUAGAAGUUUUACUUCGUGGGAACCAGGAAGCCGUGCUCGUAGUUUUUAUAAAUAUCUGUAUCGAAGAUUUUGUUAAAAAGCUGCGAGCGACGGUCUUGAGUAUGCGUAUGAUGAAGAGAUAAAGAACAGCUAGGACAUCAAUCAAGUACUAACAAUUUAAUUAGUAGAUUUGAUCGAACAAAAGUUGCUUUAUCCGAAGUUUGGGUUUUUCAGAGUAGAGUGGGACGAUUCACGAAAAAAAGUCCAGAAACCCAAGCGCAUGUUGUCUUUACGCAGCAAGUGCAAGGUCUUGCAAGGAGUAUCUAGGGAGAAUCUUCCCCGCAGUUUUGAUAAUCCUUACUCAUUGCGUUUUCGUGAAAGAAAUGUUUGUGUUUCUUUGAUCUACUUCAUUGUGAGUUGAUGUCGUUUUUUUCGUCGUUUCGUUUCAUUCUUUCGUCUUCCGACCGUGAUGUUGUAUGAAUGUGAUGCUUUCAGAUAGCUUUUGCUCUUUUGAGCGAUUAUUUCCUACUAUAAUUUUUUUGGGAUUCAUUUUUGUGUCUCGUAGGUGUAUCACUAAUUAAUAUUGAAAAUCAAAAUUGUGAAAGAGUGAGCGAAUUAUCGUAGUGGCGAGCACCGACGCGUGGCGCAAUUCGGUAAGUAGUCGUAGUUUCAGUAAGGAAAGUUAAAGAUGAUGAAGUUCUUUCCGUCUCGGUGCUACCAGAGCGUCCAAGUUAUUUUUUUUUCGUAGAAAUGAAUGUUCAUGUUGUAGUUGAUGUCCUUCUGGACAUCGCACCACGACAAUGUCAUCGAGUUCGGAGGAGUAUGUUGAAGAUUAUCUGGAGGAGAUUCCGUUAGAGCCCUUGUCUGCAGAGGAGCUCCGGGAGUUGCGUGGGAGGCCCUUUGGACCGUCACCCGAGCCGGAAAAACGCGUUUUGUUCACCACCAUUGUGGAGUUUACGUGUUUGAAUGAUUCACUUGGUAUUCUUGGUGCUGGUGAACAGGAGGCGCAGAGAGGCGACGAGGCUCGACGGAGAUCUGGUGCACGGGGUGGGGAAAAAUCGAAGACUGGUAUAAUUCUUGCGAGUGUGUCUCCGGUUGAGAGCAGUAAGGUCUACAGCAUCAAUAAAGGUCAUAAAGUCAGCCCGCGCGAUCUUGGGCCAGGAGCAGGAUCGUCGAGCGAUCAAUUGGUCGCAAGUAGUUCCGAUGGCAAACAUGGGGCAUUUUCCUCUUUAGCCGAGAGAACGGCACGAUCAUUGGCACUGGCAUUCUCCGGCUCCGCGGAUACAACGAACUUACAACAUGAAGAGGAUGCUAGAGGCGAAUCUGCUGCUCGUCCACCGCAAGCAGGAAAAUGUCAACAGGCUAUAGUAUUGGAGGACCGAGACCGGCGUUUCGUUCACGCGCAUCUUGCUGUGGCGUGUCCUGCAUGCGGAGCUCGUUAUGCGCUUACACUGGAAGAGAAUCUGAAAUAUCGAGUGCGAUGGGUAAACCCGCCACCGCCUUUGGAGGCUGAAGUUGAUGUUGACAAAAAAGUUGUUCCUCCGCAGAAAGAGGACGGGAAAAUAAGCAGGGAAUCAGGCGAUGAAGUAAAGCAGAAGUCAGAAGAGACUGAAAGAGAAAAAGUCAAAGUAAGAGCGUCCAAUAAGACUUCCGAGGGUUCCUCGCACACAGGUCGGUCCAAUGAUGCAACCAUAUCAACGGGCGAUAACCUAAAAUUAUCGGAGGACGAUGAGAUAAUAAGCCAUGCUGCACGAACUGCCCAAGAUGAACAUCCAUUUGAAGUAGACAAGAAGGCACCGCAGGUGGACAAAAUAGAGAUAGAACAACACCUCGACGUCGUCGGAGACAGACGUGAGUGUGAAGCAGCUGGAGAUGAGAUCGUAGGCCUUGCCUCUGUACUGCUCGAAACGUCUUCCGCGAAGCGCGUGACUGAGUUGCUGGUAGACUCCCUUGUCCACGAGAGCUACGUCGAGAAGUGUUCGGAUACGGAGUCGUGGUCCGGAAGCAUCAGGUGGAGCGACCUCGAUUCGAUUUCGAGCGGAGAAAUUCGCAGAUGCGUUGAGGAGAAAGUUCGGAAUCUCAGCGUGGAGGAACAAAUAGAAGCCCACGGAGGACAAGAACAACAAAAUGGGGAAGAUAGUGAGCACAACGACAACGUCCUUCAGAGGGCGGCUUCACGAGCAUUGGCCAAGGACUCCGCUGUCGACCUAGGCGCCGUUGAAGGCCAUGUUGCGGACAACCGUAAAGUGGAUGACGCGCGCCCUCGAGAAAACGGAAAAAAACAUGAUAAUGCAAGAAAUUACGUGGUGUCUGACGAUGUACGUGUAGAAGAUGAUCUCCCUCCAGGUCCGCUUGAUGCGCUAUUUGGUGGGAGCAUCGGCAGUAGAUUUUUACCGACCGUUGGCUCAUCAUCGUCAGUUGACCAAAGUCAACAAUACAAAGCUUGGACUACCAACGCAGACACCGGAGGUGGUCAAACCCAUGCAGGUUCUUCUUCUUACCUCCAAAGGGCGAUGCCGAUGAAAUUCGACGGUGCACCAGGCUCCUCUAGCAGCACAACAGCUUCACCGCAACAGUCUGUUUUGCGAGAGGAUAUCAAAUCUCUAGCGAAAUACUUCUGGCGUAGGCAAAGAGCACGAGGCAAGAGGCGACAGCCAGCAAGAGAGUCAAUAGUAGUUGCGAAUCUUAGUAGUGGCCCCGGAGAAAAUUCUUUGAUGUUGAAUAACAAGACUAACGUUACUAGCGAUGCUACUCAAGAUGGACAGGAAAAUAGGCCAGCGGUGAUUAGCGCGACUCGAUCAAUCAUUCUGAGUCAGGUCGUCGGACACGGUGUGAUUUCUUCGAAGAGGAAAACCGACGACACUGCAGGCAGUGCUCAGCAGAAAAGAGUAGGUCAGGAACUACAAGAGAAGCACAAUGACAAUGAUGAAGUGGUCAUCAACCUGGGGGACGAUCGAGGAGGCGAGAGUCCGGUGGUGCCGAUCCAAGAAGAAAAGCGACGAAGACGCGAGCGGCGGGCUGACAAUCGUGAGUUUUUUGAUCGCCGCAUGUCUUUGUUUCGUGAUCGCAGCAAUUCUUUUGAGCACAGCGAGCCCGAAGGCCUGGGACAGAAAAGAGAUACGAGCAGCAAUCCUGCGGUCGGUUCGGCCAAGCAAGGGCAACCACACGACAACAAGCUGAAGAGAGGUCGUGGGAAAGCCAAGGCCGCUCCCAAGGUGAGUCACAUGUUUUCAUCAAGGAGGGCGCUCAACAACGACGACUUGGUUUCCGACGAAGAUUCGGAUCAUUCGAGUAACUCUGCCCUCGAUUUUGUACUCGGCGUUGUCGAUGGGCGUGAAGAAAACGCGAACGAUUUGUCUCGUGGCGAUACGCUUUCCUCUCCAUUUAGUCGCAGCACAGGAACUCUAGCUGUGUUGACGCAAGCGGGCAAGAGCAGUGAGCCCUUCGUUUACGAAAGAGGUCACCUUCUGUCUUUGAAGCGAGCAACUACAACAAUCGGCGACUUUUCUCCAGAAAAUAGCCCAAGAAUUCCAGAGAAAUUUCUCCUAGUUUCCGACGAAGACGUCGGGGAUGGCGUAGCCGCUGCUGUUGGAGGGAGAGAUCAGAGAACUCCAGCAGAGCGACGGAAAACGAAAGCUCCGGAAGGAGAGGGUGACGAAGAUGAAAAUCAGCUUCACGUUGUAGUGGAAGAGAUUGAAUUGGAGGAGAAUAAGAGAAAAUCCUUGCAAGCAGCGGACGAUGAAGACACCGAACCAGAUCGUAAGGGAAAGAAUAUUCCUCGUGGUACCUCCGCUCCUGCGACAAUCCACGGGAAGAGUCGGGUAAGCAACAGGCAGAUGCGCAAUGCACCGUUCGAGGCUCCUCCGUCCCUAGUACAGGGGUCACCGCCAUCAUUAGCUCUGAGCGCGUUCUCUUCCGUCUCAACCUCAAGUUUAUUGUCUGAGGACUUUGCUGCGGGAGGCACCGCAAGUCUGCAUACGUUGCCGAAGGAUGCGGCACCUGCGGAAGAGGAUGGAGAAAGUUGUACUCGGGUCUUGCAAAGUCGGACGAUUUCGAUUUCGUCAGGUUCGGCAAAAAACGCCAGGAGGCGGCGAGGGCGAGAGCGCGAUGGCCGUGCUACUGGCGGGUUGUCCCCUGGUCCACCGAUGAAGGAACAAGAUUUCUUGUCUGGUCCUCCGGGAUCAGGAGAAGGAGAGGACAACCUCAAGAAUUCUGAUGAGACCAGAGGAGAUGAAGCAGUGAAGAAAUCAGGAGAAGUAGCGUCCGCUAUGCUCCAGCGUGAGAACACACGCACUUCGAUUGCUAGCUCGUCAGCAACGAGUCUUCGCCGCAUGGAUAGCCUUUUCGAUGCAACUACAGUUGCUUCGAGUCGUGACUUCCUUGGUUUCAUGCACACCCAGAUUGCCGGACGAAGGGAGAUCAUCGCACGCCUGAAAGAAGCCAGCUGGCGGCGGCAGAUCCACAGUAACAACCUCGUACGCCAGCUGCAGGCAGCGGGAACGCGAGGACCUACCGCUACUUCACCAGCCAGGAUGGUACCGAAGAGUGGAAUAAAGCAUCUGGGAGGCGAAGGGAUUUCACGUCGUGGUGACGCGCUUUACGAUGGGGGAAAAACGAAAAUCCAAAAAAUAGCUUCGGGAGCAGGCAUGGGUUCGCCUUCCUUCGCUCCGCAAAGUAGAUCAGCUACAGGUGAGAUGAAGCAAACUCGGGCAGGAGGACCACAGUGGCAGCAAUGUCUUAUUCAUCAACCUGCGCUGGAACGAGAGGCCUGGCUCGCCUUGCGCCGGCGCGAAGCGUGGCUGUGGGCGGCGCAUCACGAAGUUUCAAAAUUCGGCGAGAUCCGGCUUUUCCAGCGCACUUUGGCUUACUCGCGAAAUAAGUUCGAUGUCCUCCGGAGAAUUCUAGAAUUCUACGAGCAAGAAUUGGGCUACUUUGAUUUUCGCAAUCACCAGGAGAUGCGUCAACUCGAAAUCACGUACGGGCGCUGGGGUGUCAUUGGGAUGGGCGAGGGAAAGGCGAUGAAGAACUCCCCAUUGUUCAACGACCCGUUUAAGCACCUCUUGAUCCUCACGAUGGAGGUUAAUCGCGCGCGGUCGUCUGUGGCUGAGUCAGCAGUGACAACUACGGCAAGCGCAGAAAAUAUACAACCGACGCCAGCAGAUAAUGUUGAUAAUGAUAGUUCUGCUGCUGCAGCUGAAAACAAGCAUGCUGGCUUACAGACUGGCGCCGAAGAUGGUGGGCAAUCCGAGAAUAAGAACAAAAGCUUGGCGGCUAUCUUGGGAACGUCUCCCGAUGAUGAAACGGAAUCAGGAGCCGGAAAUGCAGGCUUGGGAGAGCAUUAUUCCGCUGACAGCCCGCCCAGCGCGAGCUCGCCCUUUUUGGGGCUUCGAUUUCCGACGCCGUCGUCUUCCUCAACGUCUGCGCCCGCGUCGGCGGAAACCUCGCCCGUUCCAGUGACUGUCCAGCCACCGCCACAGAGUCCUGGCUUGUUGACUGGUGGAUUCGCGAUGAGUUGCGUUACGCGUGAUGGGAAAACCGCUCGUCCCCUCGUGACCGCCCCAACGGAGCAACAGCAGCAUUACCUUUUGAGAACAAGAAAGAACUUGCAUGCCGAUCAGGAGGCAGGCACUGCGCCGUCCUACCAAGCGACACAAUUCUUACGAUCGGGCAGCAGCCGCGGUGAGGUGUCCAUUUCCUCAGCAUCCUUGCGCUUCCUCAGUCCACGGGGACGGGCCACGCUUAUCCAGUUGUUACAGAGGAUGCGGCGCUGUCUGCAUGCAAGUCACGAUGCACUGGUAGCGGGCACGCAUGUCUGGGCAGAUGAGGGCACUACGACUAGAAUGAAAGGCACGUCAAGUGGCACAGUUCGUGGGCGUUCGUCAAGUAAGAACGCGAUCACGACCUCCAGGGGAGCUGCAUAUAAAGGUGCAGGCGUUACUUCUCCAGGAGGAUUCGCUCCAGCAAGCGGUCUCGAGAGCGCAGAAGCACUACCUCUGAAAAGUCUCUCACCAGAAGACACAUGUUACCUUUUCUCCGCCCUAUACCGCGGACUGCUACAGGAGGCCUUCAGGUAUUGGGACCAAAAGUACCUGAUUUUUUUGGCAGAAGGUGACGAUCUAGACGCUCUCGAGAUGGCAAUUCUGACAAAGGUUGAAGUCCUGGUUUCUCAAGAUGGGCUGUCUAUCCUCAAAAACUUUGCGCUGUUGCCUGAAGAGCGAGAGCGAUGGGAAGGGUCGCGUCGCACCUCACCUUUUGAGAGUUGUUUUAUCGCUGCCGCUGCGAGCCGCCCAGCGCCCGCCGACCAUAGCGACGAACCGCAAAAGAAGAAAACGUCGUCAAACGGAAGCAGCGAUACGCUUCGGGGGAAGAAGUCCUCAAACGGAGAAGUGCCUCCUAUUGAUGUUGUUGAACAUCUAGAAGCAGCUACACACGCGAACAUAGAUAAGCAAGAAAGGUCGUCAACUUCAACAUCUGGUGUAAACAAAGGUGCUGUAGAUGUGCAUUUUGGACAUGCUAUCUCGGCUGCUCUUCAAGCGACGAAGCUCACGCCCGACGCGAGUCCGUUUGAUUCGUUGGCGGCGAGCCCUUUAUUCGCUAGCCCUGUGGGAGCAGCGACACCACAGCGGACAACAAGUGGAAUCGCAGAGCCAGUCUUUGACCUUGAAGUUUCUCUCGAAUCAGGCGACUGGAGGCCCAGGGAUGAGAGGAUAUUCAAUAUGGAUCGCGUCAAUGGUGUUGGGCUAACCCCAAAAGCAGAAGAAGCGGGAACGAGUCGAGUAUCAGAUCUUCAAGAAAACGAGCCAGAGAAACAUUCAAAAGAUAAUAUUGGAGAGGGAGGGCAGGGCGGACAGGACUGCGGACCGGAAGGGUCCUCGAAUACGUCUUCGUCGAGCGCGCCCUUGUCAGAUGGGGAGGAGGACAACAGCUCGUCUGCCUCUGCAUCGUUGUUGCUUUCAUUGCGAGGAGUCCCUCCGAGUGAGUCGGGAGUCUCGAGGACCUCCUCUUCUAUGGGCACCGUGCUCUCUAGCACGUUUUCUUUAAGCCUGGCUGCUCAACUGUCGCCCACGAAGGCGGGAUGCAUACCCGCCGAGGGGCUAGGAAACAUUUUGGUUGCAGGAAGAGGCUUCACCGCUCCAAUGGCGUUGGCGACGUACGCAAGAGGUGGUACACGUACAUCAGACGACCAAGAGGUGGUAGGACUAGGAGGAGCAAAAAAUCUUAAUCGGCCGGUAGGGGGUGCAUUCGCGUCGCCUAUUUUUGUGGGACAACAAGAAGCGGGUACUCAUUUUUCAUCAAACGCAAACAAAGGGCUACAACUAGGCGGAGCACCCGAGCAACAAUCGUCUGCCGUAGGGCCUUGUGGGCAUACAAUUAAAUCUCCAGCCAAUGUGAAGAACUAUCAGCACUUGUUGUCUGGUAACAAGAACAGUGUCUACAACAACUACAACAAGCAGCUGCAGCACGAGGAAACAGCGGCGGGAGCUGGUUCUGGUUCAGGGUCUGACCCCGAAGCGACGCCCCCGCUCGCCGACAUACUCGUGAAGCACGGAAGUGCGCUCUUAGCCGUUGUCAAGGAAGAUUUCUCGACGUUUUUGCGAGCGCCAAACCCCGUUGAACAGAGCAUCUUCAUUCGCCGCUGCCUCAAAGCAAUUCUUCAUUUCCUACUCAAGUUCGUUCCACAGCUGCAAAAGAACUACAAGGUGGUCUCAGGAGAUGGAACCUCUUGUAAUCUUCCGGCUACUAGCGGAGGAGCUGGAGGUGAUAGUGCGCACCAGACCAACGGGGGCCAUCAUGAUCAUCUGGGUGCUGGUGCAAGCACUCUUCCGGCUCUUGUAGGUUGCUGGUACGUCGUCUUGUUACAGUUUGAGGCGGCUUCAGUGCAUGGUCUGUUGCGACACCUUGUUUUUCUGCGCGCUUGGCUUGAAUUGGAGUACCAGGACUUUCUCCUCGAGGAGCGCGACUACAACGAACAUCAAGGAUCUUCAGAAGGAGCGAAGCGUUUCUGGAACACAGCUCGUGCUGGAACAGAGGAGUCCGUCGUCGCCACAGAGGCACUCUUUGCAGCACUGCUGCUUAUCGAGCGUAUUGACGCAAGACACAUCGCCGAUCGUAGACCGGCAACCCAAUUACUAACCCAGUUUCUACGUAUUUAGUUUUAGGCUGGAGAUAAUGUUUGUAUUUUAUGCGUGUACUAUUGCUCCUCCUUUUUUGUAGUUGAAAUUGAAAGUUGUAGUGUUAGUAGAUCUAUUUCCAGAAGAUCAAUGAUUUCCCUCCUCGCGCCCGCGCUAGAAAAAGUCAUAUCCCCCAACAAGUAGCUUUGUGAUGUACAUUAAGUUUAUAAGAUUAAAGAUUUGAAGUUUUGAAAACUACAAAGAAAAUUAAAAUUUAAUGAUGAUGGCAUUCUCAAGAAACUCGAUCAUGCUGCGCCGGAUUCUAUUUCGCCGAGCAUGCACCCAUGUGUAGUUGUAGUUUUCAUGCCUGGACUCGUUGACAGCGAGCGCCGUUUCUAACAAUUCACGUUACGGACCGCAUGGGCUGAAGGUCAGUCGUUGGCGCCUUGGUUGUGUUAUUUCUUGUUUGUUUGGUUGUUCGUCGUGGCCUUGUGCCCGUUUCCUUUCUCUCCAAUCAAAUCAGGGCUAGGAAGGGUUAGUGGGUAUUUGACGGCUUAUUCUUGACUUUAUCAUCUAGUACAGAAUGGAGUAGCGACUGCGUCUGCAGUAAAAAACUCAGUAUUUCUUUUGGCUGCUCAUUUGAUCCAGUUUUUUUAGAUGCGAUAGAUGCAGCAUAGCACUCCGUGUACAGAUCAGAGAAAUAGAUACAGGCAUACUUUUGUUUUUUUUGAGCUGAGUUUUUUUUGAUUUUAGGAUUUUUAUUUUUGUUUGUUAAAUAUAUAUAAACAGCAAUUUUACUUCUUUUUACUUGAAGGAGAAGAUACCAUCAAUAAAGGUCAUGUUAGUGAUGCAAUCACUUGGAAGAGCAGUGACAAUCUGUAGAGUCAGCAUGCAACAAGUCGAUUGAAUAAUAAUUAGAAACAUCAUGAGAUCGAGAAGUUUUUUAUUUUUCCUGUAAUCUUGUUACAGUUACUGAUGUUACUGUCGUCCUGGUAAACAUUUUCUUUCUCUAUCUAAGCUGUUAGAGUCCUCGGCUUCUAAAAGAUACCCCAUUAGUACCCACCUCAUCGAGAGGUGACCUCUUCGACACUCAAGUCAUUUGAUAAAAUCAACACAGACAGAGAGCAAACGCCAUGUUGAUGUAUCUGUAUGACAACUCACCUAGAAGCACUUCUGCACACCAGCAGAGCUACCCUCUGCUAUAUGCGUUGCUGCAUCCGAUCUCGUCUGAGAAAAUGUGCGAGUAUCCUGGAUGUAGCAUUAUAUGAUCUGUUCCUUUUUAUUCUUCGCUCUCUGAUCGUUGGUGAUAGUGAUCUCGUUCAACUCUUGCAGCUCCGAGUUGUAUUUUUUGUGUAUUAGGUGGCAUGCCAAUUACAAAGUGAGUUCUUUUGCAAUUGAUCCUCUUCAGUUUCUGUGCCCCUGGUGCUAACUUUGACCGAGGAGUUUGUUACUGGUCUGUGUUAGAGUGAAGUCGACCUACUUGUACUUAUUUUGAUUUUCGUUAUUCUGAAGUUCUUCCAUCAAAACUGACUAAAAAUGCAGUCGUGCGAUGCAGAAUCUUUGUAAGGUCAACCUCAACAUGUACUUAAUUUCUGUCAGAGAGAGAGAAAGACCAGCAGACGAGGAGAGGCCGACGUGAAGGUUCAU